AUGGCUCUAGCGUCCUCGCAGUCCCUCAAUGAGAUGGACCUGGGCGCUCAGCGGGAGCGCUGGGAGACGUUCAGGAAGCGGCGGAGCCUCAGCUGCAAGGGCGCCGCCAAGUUCCUGCUGGACACCGUGUACCCAGGCCUGGUGUAUCACACCCGAGGCUGCCACUGCGGCGCGGUCCGCUUCGCCUUCUGGGCCCCCGCAGACCUGCGCGUGGUGGAUUGCAGCUGCAGGCUGUGCAGGAAGAAGCAGCACCGACACUUCCUCGCCCCGGCCUCGCGCUUCACUCUCCUGCUGGGCGCCGAGAGCAUCGUCACCUAUCGAUCCCACGCGCACCCGGCGCUGCACAGCUUCUGCAGCAGGCGCGGGGUGCAGAGUUUCCACGCCUCUGUCUCUGACCCCGGCGUGUAUGGCGUCGCCCCGCACUGGCUGGACAAGGGAACAUUUUCCUAGAGACCCUCUGCUGGCAUCAAGCAACCAGGAUCAUGAAAACUCCCUUUUCCAGUGAAAUAAUC